AUGCAGGUUCGGAGCGCAUACUUACCUAUUAAUUAUGGUGACGAAAUUCCCCCGUAUGCUAUCCUAUCACAUGUCUGGGGUCCAACAUCUUCUGCGGAGGUAUCCUUUCACGAUGUCAUCACUGGACAGGGAAAGAUAAGGUCCGGCUACGGUAAACUACUCUGGAUCUCGCAGCAAGCAGCUCGAGACGGACUCGAAUGGUUCUGGGUUGACACCUGUUGUAUCAAUCGACAAAGUAACGCUGAGCUUGCAGAGGCUGUAAAUUCUAUGUUUCAUUGGUUUCGAAACUCAACUAAAUGCUAUGUCUACCCUCCAGAUGUCAUGACCAGCCAGGAGUGCUCGAAAGGGUCUUUGUGGAAAAUUGGGACUGUCUAUAGUGUAGACAACAAAUGCUUAUCCUGGGCAGCCAAUCGAAAAACCACUAUGGAGGAAGACAUUGUAUACUGUCUUGGCAUCCUGGACUUUAACACCUUCCCAGUCUACGGAGAAGGCAAGGAAAAGGCCAUGCGGCGACUCGACGUGAAAUAGAGAUAUCAUCAGGCCCGAGUCAGACGAAGGGGAUCUCUGAUAUCCCUGAAGCAUCGGAUCCGAACGGUUGGGUGCUUUAUAUCCAACAAUCAUCGAUAUGUCUUCGAAUGAGAAGCAAUAAAUUUGAACGAAAACUUCGUCGUUUCGCUGGGACGGAACCUUCUAAUAGAGGCACACGGUAACAAAGACGGACCGACGACCCCACUGGACGUAUAACCCGUACAAUAGUCUGGAAAUGUCUUGAUUCAUAUGAGACUAAUCGAGAAAUGUCUCGACGAGCGAAGGACAAGAACAGGAUCCGGCCCGUCUAGGGGGUAGUCGAUUCUCAACGCUGCUUGCGUUCAGCACUUGCGCUGACUAAUAACUCUGGCGUAUUGGUCUCCUCCCUUCGGAAAGAUUCAUUCCAUUAGCCAGAUAUGAGUCACUCA